CCCCACGAUAGAAUUACUAAACAGGAACGGUUAUAUAGAUACCAUUGAGGCUGACGCACCAUACCAUAUUAACACUCUUUUCUCGCGUCUCGCUCAGUCAUUCCAUUUGCAUUCUACCUAACGGUUGCAACUACCGUUUCUACUAAAAGAGCUCAGAGUAGUUCCACAUCUUUGUUUUCAUUCCAUUCUCCUUUAUUUCUCUCUCUCAGUUCACAACUGCAGUGUUGCUGUUUCCAUAACAACAAGCCAAAAUGCGUGAAGUUCUCUCGAUCCAUGUGGGGCAGGCUGGAGUGCAGAUGGGCAAUGCCUGUUGGGAGCUGUACUGUCUGGAACAUGGGAUCCAGGAGGAUGGUCAGAUGCCCAGCGACAAGUCCCUCGGAGUGGGCGAUGACUCGUUCAACACCUUCUUCAGCGAAACUGGAUCGGGCAAACACGUUCCACGUGCCAUCUUCGUAGACCUGGAACCCAGUGUAGUUGAUGAAGUGAGGACUGGCAAGUACCGCCAGCUGUUUCAUCCAGAACAACUCAUCACAGGCAAGGAGGAUGCCGCCAACAAUUACGCCAGGGGACACUACACCGUCGGCAAGGAGCUCAUAGACUCUGUUUUGGACAAGAUCCGCAAACUGGCCGACCAAUGCACUGGACUGCAAGGUUUUCUAGUUUUCCACUCGUUCGGUGGAGGCACUGGGUCUGGAUUCACUUCUUUGCUCAUGGAAAGACUCUCGGUUGACUACGGCAAGAGAUCUAAAUUGGAGUUCGCGGUGUAUCCUGCGCCUCAGAUCUCAACUGCAGUGGUCGAGCCUUACAAUUCCAUCUUGACAACUCAUACCACACUUGAACACUCGGAUUGCGCAUUCAUGGUUGACAAUGAGGCUAUCUACGACAUCUGUCGUCGAAAUCUGGACAUCGGCCGGCCAUCGUACACGAACUUGAACCGACUCAUUGGUCAAAUAGUGUCUUCGAUCACGGCGUCUCUCAGAUUUGAUGGCGCAUUAAACGUGGACUUGACUGAGUUCCAGACUAAUCUGGUACCCUACCCGAGGAUCCACUUCCCACUCGCAACAUACGCUCCGGUGAUUUCUGCUGAGAAGGCCUACCACGAACAACUAUCGGUUAACGAAAUUACCACUUCGUGCUUUGAGCCGGCCAAUCAGAUGGUGAAAUGCGAUCCAAGACAUGGGAAGUACAUGGCUUGCUGUCUGUUGUUCCGAGGAGAUGUCGUCCCUAAGGAUGUCAACGCGGCAAUAGCCACAAUUAAGACCAAGAGGACUAUCCAGUUUGUCGACUGGUGUCCCACUGGGUUCAAGGUUGGCAUCAACUACCAGCCCCCGACCGUAGUCCCGGGAGGCGACUUGGCUAAGGUUCAGAGAGCUGUGUGCAUGUUGAGCAACACAACCGCCAUCGCCGAAGCCUGGGCCCGAUUGGACCACAAAUUCGAUCUGAUGUAUGCUAAGAGAGCAUUCGUCCACUGGUACGUCGGAGAAGGCAUGGAGGAGGGAGAGUUCUCAGAGGCGAGAGAAGAUCUGGCUGCCUUGGAAAAGGACUAUGAAGAGGUUGGCAUCGACAGCACUGAUGCGGAUGAGAACGAAGGUCAGGAGGAGGAAGAAUAUUGAGUGUCAUCGAGCCGCACCUCGUUCUCCCUUUCCCAAGACAAGCACCUAACCUUGACACAAACACUACUAUACAACUAAAUAAAUAAAGCAAAAAGACUGAAAAACUUUUCCGUACAGACUGAAAAUCUCUCCCAGCAUGACUCGAUUAUGUCGUACAAUCGAGUAUUGAAAUAUUCCACUACUGCAAUUAUGUCAAAAACAUUGACUUAAGUUAAACUUUCAGGCAUUCCAUUAGAAAGGCGAUGUUUCAAAGCAUGGCUUCAGAAUGAAUAAAUUUGACCACACUUUUCAAAUCUUA